AAAUCGAUCAACCUCACAGCUUUGAGGUUCGGUCAAUGUAGCUGCCUUUUUGGCGAUGGCUAUUGACAAAAGCGAACAAGAUGAAGACCAGCAAUUAUUUCUCCCUAAAGAUCCCGAGGACAACAACCAUCUACCAGAUCCGAGGUCAAAGAAACCUAAUUUAGCUUCAAGAUUCCAUUUGAGACUCAUUCUGGAGGUUUUGAUGGCGUUGGUGAUGGUGAUGCUGUAUCUGGACCCAUUUUCCAAAUCAACGAAGAAACCAACUCCGGUACCUGCCUUUUCAACGAAGUCCUAUACAUUUCUCCAGAAUCCGAGGUACUUACACGAAGAUAUGUUCUCCAGUAGGAAGGAGACGCUCCAUACACUCCACAACUGGAUCGAACUAAGUUCAGAUGGGAGAGGAUACGUUCAAGUCGACAAUUCGACGUCGUUCAAAUUGGGGGAACCUUACACCAUGCAUGGAACGCAUACAGAUAAAAAAGAACCGGUAUACAUGAUGUCGGUUUUCCACCAGCUUCAUUGCGUCUCAUACCUCGCAGAGCAUUAUCAAACAGAGUUGACGCAGGAAGUUGCGCAUCACACCGCACAUUGCUUCGAUUAUAUUCGACAAGCAAUCAUGUGCGCCGCAGAUACCACUCUCGAAGGUAAGACGGAAGCUGGUCCAGGUUUCGGUCACGAACAUGUGUGCAAAGACUAUGAUGAGGUGUUGGCUUGGGCGAAUGAACAUACUGUGUUUAAGUGGAGGGGGAACAUGCCACUCGAGGCUGUCCUCUGA